AUGAAACUUACGCGUCGUAGAGUCCUGCAAGUAGAUACAAUGAACACAUCACUUUAUCUCAAUCCAUCAUCCACUUUCAUCGACUUACCCGUUAUUCCGCUUUUGACAUCGACAUCACCACCACCGCCGUUCACUCAACUACAAGUCUCACCUGUCGACAUCCUUCCAGUGCCAUUCUCGGGUGGCACACCAAGAACGUAUCGCAAACAUGAAACAGAUUUAGCAACGACAAUUACUUUCGAACAAAUAAUCUAUGAACUUUUACCUAACGGUUGUUUCAUGCCGGCUCUCCUCGCGUGGAACUGUACUGGUUCGCACUUGGAUCCUGGCGAUGUGCGAUGGGCAACACAUGCACGGCAAGUCUAUGUAUUUGGUGUGAAUGGAUAUGCAUCGAUCAACGAUGUGCCUAUGCAAGAUGAUGAUGAGCGAGUCUAUCCAGAUGUCGAUCUGUCCAUAAGACGACAUUUUGAACUGAACACCGAGUUGGUUGUGGUCUUGGAUCAAAACUAUUUUUAUGUCAAUUUGAAACGUGAACUAUUGAAUCCGAAUGGAGGACUAAGUGAGUCACCGGUGAUGUUUGUGUUUAACUGA